AUGGAUUCCCCGUAUUACCAAGAAGACGUGGUAGCCUACCGCUCGCUGAGCAACAUUAAGGGUUUGGAAUGGCGACAUUUAAGGGAAAAGUGUCAUAAACUUCACCUGGAGAUAGCCUGUUCUCGUCUUCGGAAGCUGGCGAUGGUAACAAAUGUGGCCCGAAUUAUUUGGAACGUUGAAUUCCUUAUUAUACUUCAUAUUAUACUCUUGGUGUGCCUAGUCAGGGAUGUUGUACUAGUCUCAUUGCUUCCUUACUUUGCGAUUAUGCUAUUCACUCCAUUUAUUAUGAUGCUUAGCAUGCAGGAUGAUGCUAGUUUUACCUUGAAUGUGAUCGUCUCAUGGUUGAUGGCAUUCUUUUUAGCUCUCAUGGACAUGUCUUCCGACCUCCUGGGGGCCAUCCAACAUGGAGCAGCCUCUCCGGUAGUGCCCUGCUAUGAUCACCUAAUACUAGUCUGUGUCUACAUGAUUCUACCAAUCACAUUCUACAAAGGCCGCUCAGUACAUAUCCUGGGAUUUGCCGUUUCGGCACUUUACAUCUUCUUCGUUUUUUAUGUGCAGUAUCUUAAUGAUCAAAUAUCGCCCGACCUCCUCGCUUCAUAUAUCAUAUACCUCUUCACCCUCAAUCUGAUUUUUUCAUACUUCUGUAUAACUCGAGAUUAUUGGAUUCGACGCUCAAUACUGAGUCGCUACCAAUUGAUAUACCAAAGCAUUGUCUAUCAGAUCGUUAUGAAAAAGGAGAAUGCCCUGUUGGAGUCAAUCCUACCACGCAGAAUGGUUCGCACAUUGCAGGAGGAAAUCUGCAGCCGCAUCGAGGAUCAGGAUAAAAAUUAUUCCCCUUUUAGAUCCAGUGCACGAAAAUUGUUCUUAGAACCAUAUCCAGAAGUUUCCAUUUUGGUGGCUGACAUGGUCAACUACACGCAUCUGACCACCACCCUAGAUGCGCCGCAACUUGUGGAGAUUUUGCACGAAUUGUUUGUGAGUUUUGACCUGGCUGCCAAUCGCAACCGGGCGAUGCGAAUCAAGUUCUUGGGCGAUGCGUAUAACUGUGUGGCUGGCAUUCCUAACUAUUUCCCCGCCCACGCCUCCUGCUGCGUGGACCAGGCGCUGGAGAUGAUUCAUAUUACGCAGGACAUAAGAAAUCGGCGGAAACUGGCCAUCAACCUGCGGAUCGGGGUGCACUCGGGCGAGGUAUUUGCUGGCAUCAUUGGCCACUCAAAGUGGCAGUUUGAUAUCUGGUCGAAGGACGUGGACAUCACCAAUCGGCUAGAGUCAUCCGGUGCUGAAGGUAUGGUGCACGUUUCCCAGAGAACUCUAAACAUGCUGGACGAACAUUAUGUGUACGCCGAAGGUACGGAAGCGGCUAAAAAUGAUCCGAUUCUGUUGCAAGCGGGUAUACGUACCUACCUGGUCAGCAGCCGACUUCCUGAUUACGUGGAGCCCGGGGAGCUAGACAACGACAACAGCGUUGCCUCAAUGGGUUCAUAUCGCCUGAGCUACGGGGGAUACUUUGAGGAGAUUCAGAUUAAGGCGCAGCGCGAAAUGAUAAAGGAGGUGGAGCACAUGGCGGUGGGACAGAGUUUCUUGGUGUGCAAGCGGAACAUAUCGGUCAAGAAAAAAACCUUCAGCGAGGACUACCUGUUCAACUCCCAGAUUCACAGCAUCCCGGGCGUAUUCCGCAGCUGGAAGAUGGAGUGGGCCUUUCAUAAUCUACCGGAUCUGAUGAUGAAGUACACCUUGUUUAUUGUGUUCUGUGCCGGAUUGGCGAUAUUAUGCAUUAGUUGGAUCCAGAAAGUCGAAUACUCUGACUUCCUCACCUUGCUUGGAAUACUUAUCUUUCUGAUGAUUCUGAGUUUUCUUGGCGGAUACAAGAAGCUUCGCUUGCAGUGUAGACAAAUCACGCCCGUGUCGCAGCCCUCUUUCUUCCUGAGUCGCUGGCUUCUAAGGAGCUCGGAACUCAUCGAGAACUCGCUUUUUGUAAGGGUUCCACUGACCGUUGUGAUACUUCUCCUGCUCUACAUUAUGGCCUCUUUGCCAGUGUUCACUUGUGAUGUAGCUAAGCUAGAGCUUGAGAUUAUUGAUGCCCAUCUGCAUAACGAAAAGUCAUAUGCAAAUUGCUUUGCUCCCUGGACGGUCACCUACUGUGUGAUUAUUGUGCUCAGUCUAUUGUUUGUCAUUUUGGGGUGUCCGCUUAUGAUCAAGGUGAUCGUGGGCCUUCUGAUCGUUGGCCUCCACUUGGGAACCAUCCACUUCUAUUACGGAUUCGCCUUCGAGCGGUCAGAGACCACGGAUCUAGGACUUAAGGCGGACUAUGCUCAUACCUGGUACCUGAUUGCUUUCUUCCUGAUUCUGUUGUUGCGGGAACGUCACCUUAACUAUCUUAAGAAGGUUUCCUUCUUCAUGCGCAUCCGCUACGAGGACACUCAUCAACAGACUGAUGAAAAGUUGCGCUCCAUUAAGAUCAUUAUGGCCAACAUGCUGCCUACGCACGUGGCGGAGGUGUACAAGGUAAGGCGACCCAACGAUCAGCUCUACUACGAGAACUUCUCCAAAGUGGCCGUGAUGUUCGCCUCUAUCGAGAACUUCAAUGCGGCUACAGCAGGUCUGCGGAUUCUACACGAGAUAAUCUGUUGCUUUGACGAUCUCCUGGUCACCUAUCAAUCAAAGAAUAAAAUUGAGAAAAUCAAAGUAAUGGGAUGGACCUACAUGGCGGCCUGUGGCCUCGAAGCUGAUCACUACACCGACUUCUCGAUCAACAUUCCAGUCCAGACUGCCGAUGCGGAUUCGGAGAUGAGGCGCAGAUCUAGCGUACUUACUGUCCACUUUGGCAGUACCGAGGACGAUGAAAUGAGCGAUACAUUGAGCAUGUCGGUCGCCCAAGUGCAAGAUGCCCCCGUCUUGGUGAUGACCGAAUUCGCUUUGGAUUUACUCCGCAUCAUGCAUGAUUUGCGAUACAACUACGCGUUUUCUGAGUAUGAUAGCUUUUUGACGGGCAGUCUCAAAAUCGGCAUCUCGCAUGGACCGGUGAUGGCCGGCGUUGUGGGACUCUCAAAGCCCCACUAUGAUAUUUGGGGACAUACCGUCAAUAUGGCUUCUAGAAUGAGCUCCACUGGUCUGAUGGACAACAUCCAAGUAACCCGGAACACGGCCAGGGUGCUGCGACAAUACAACAUCCGCUGCAAUUACCGGGCUCACACGGAGGUAAAGGGGGUAGGCAAGGUGCCUACAUAUCUGGUGGUUCUGGAUCAAAACCUGACUUUCCACGAUCACGACCAAGUCAGCAUGAGCUAUGUAAGCACGAGCAUGAUAAUCGACGAUACUCCAAUGGAAUUCGACCCGAGCUACUUCGGCAAUAAGUCUUCUGCCUCCGAAGAGGCUGAAGAGGAGCACGAGGGUGAGGAAGAUGAGACGGAGAUGGGCGAUGAGGAGGACGAGCUGGAGGAUCCAAAACGGGAACGAGAAAAGGGAGGCAUCCUCCUCACCGGGGACAUGUAUUAAUAUAUAUUUAUUUAAGCAUAUAUAACACACAAAGAUAGAUGUAUUCGUACAGUUCAAAGCAAAUGUUCAUUAUGAGGUUAAAUACGUUACGAUUUGAGCACUCGCUGAAAUCUUUGCACGACUUGUGAUCCAAGUAUACGUAUGUGAAUAAUUCCGAAUUAUACAUAGUCGUUAAGUUAUGUACUUGCUACAGAUAAUACACGCAUCUCCAUCAUCAACAAAGCACCAUCCGUGUGAUCAGGUUUCGGUUUCGUUUGGUUUUGUGCACAGUGUUGAGCUUAAGUAAGCAUUGCAGCUGGUUUGGGGCAUUGAUAGAGUCCUUAUUCGUUGACAGAACUGGAGUUUAGCAGGGCCGUAUCCUCUGGAAUGGGCUUUCGCUUGUAGGAGGGCUCAGUGGCUA